CCCAUCCACGGGGCCACUCCCGCCACUCCCACCCCUCUCCCACCUUUCCCAUUCCCAGCAUCCCGCCCUCAUCCGUCCCCGGAGGAGCUCCGGGCUCUCCUCGGGAACGUCCAACGCCUCAACGAGACCUUCCGGGACCUCCAGCUCCAGCUCCUGCUGCUCCCGGCCCGGGGGGAAAUCCUGGAUCACGUCUGGAGGCUCCAGGACCUCCUCCAGAACCACUCGGAUUCCCUGCUCCGGGCGGGAGCGACGCUCCAGAGGCUCCAGGAGCUCCUGGAGCUGCUCCAGAGCCGGGCGGGACAGACGGACGUGGCCGUGGCCGCGCUCCGGGAUUCCCUGAGCCGGCAGGGAGACGCUUCCCAACAGGAGCUCUCCCGGCUUUCCGUGGCCGGGAACGGCUCCCGGCUGCUCCUGGAGCAUCAUUCCCGACUCCUGGAACGCCUGGGAGGGAGGACGGAGGCCUUGGGAGAGCAGCUGGAUCUCCUGGGCGGGUCCGUGGAUUCCAUGAACAGGAGCUUCUCCUACGAGCUGGAACUGCAGCGUUCCCGGCUCCGGGAUCUGGGCGGGAUCGUCGGGAAUGUGACGGAAGAGGCGAGGAGGGCGAGGAGGGGGCGGGAGGAGCUGGAGGGGAGGCUGAGGCUGGAGCUGGGAAUGCUGAGCAACGUCACGGAGGAGCUGCGGAUCCGCCACUGGGAGCACGCGGUGGCCCUGAGGAACAUCUCCGUCAUCCGCGGGCCUCCCGGGCCCAAAGGGGACCCCGGGAACGAAGGGCUGGAAGGAGAGCCGGGACUGCCCGGAAUUCCCGGGCCCAGAGGUUUUCCCGGGGAAAGGGGGAGGCCGGGAUUGAAGGGGGAGCCGGGAGAGCCGGGCCCGCCCGGCCCGCCGGGAAUGACGGGAGCCAAAGGGGAGCGAGGCCCGAAGGGGGAAAAGGGGGAUCGAGGUGGAGCCGCUGGAAAAGGUCCCGAGGAAGGCUCCCUGCGGCUGGUGAACGGUUCGGGGCCGCACGAGGGGCGCGUGGAGAUCCUGCACGGGGGCCGCUGGGGCACCGUCUGCGACGACGGCUGGGACGGCCCCGACGGAGCCGUCGUGUGCCGGGCCCUGGGAUACCCCGGAGCCGACGACGUCUUCCGCAUGGCCCGCUUCGGGCAAGGCUCCGGCAGGAUCUGGAUGGACGACGUUUCCUGCACGGGCUCCGAGGAUUCCCUGGAGCUCUGCAGCUUUUCGGGAUGGGGACGGACCAACUGCGGGCACGCCGAGGACGCGGGGGUCAGGUGUCGGACCCCCUGACAUUUUGGGGUCAGGUGUCGGACCCCCUGACAUU